UUCUAUCUAUCUCCAACAAAGCCAUGCUGGAAACUGUGCCGAGUGAACAUUCCGUAGACUGGAAAACAGUGGAUGAGCUCGUUCCGGGGUAUCCAAGAUUGGCGGGGGAGAUGCAAAAUAUUCCAGAAUUAGCUAUCUUCCGUCGAUUUGGCGCUUUGAACGCACGCAAUCUUCUGUACCUUCAGCAUGAUUUGAAGAAUCUAGAAGAUCGCCUGAAGCUUUUCGAAUACUUCGACAGCGUCAGCGGGUCUGGUGAAAGACCGAUGUACUCAAAAGACAGCCAAAAAUUGAGGGAAUCGGCACUCAACGGGGAUUCCAAACAGUGGGAACUGGUCCUCGAAAUCCGGAAGAAGCUUAAAGAGUACAAUAAAACGCUGAUCCAACAGCACAUACUACACAAUAUCAAGGAGCCGGGGAAGUGGGAUUCCGCGGAUAUUAUGAAAUUUAUCUUUUCACCCGGCUGUAUGAAUGAUCCGUUCACGGGGUCAGAGAAAUACAUCUGGGGCAGACCGAAUGAUCCUAGACAUGAAGCGGGUGAUCUUAUAGCACUGCGAUCUCGUUUGAAAGAAGACAAAUUCUCGCACUUUGUCGCUACUUACGCCAUUCAUCCCCUCGAUUGGAUGGUCGGUCGCGAUAAGAAAGGCACGGUGCUCUACAGCAAUAAGUCAGUGCUAAAGAUCACUUAUUGGAUGAAUGGAGUCAUCGCUAGCCUUGUACCCAUCUUGUGUAUCUGGGUCUUACAAAGUAUUGACACUUUGGGCGGACGGAUAGGUGCAAUUGCAGCGUUCAAUCUCUUGAUCGCAGCUUGCAUGCAGACAUUCACAGAUGCGAAGCGGCCGGAAGUCUUCGCAGUGGUAGCAGCAUUCACUGCAGUGCAAGUCGUCUUUGUGGGUCAGGCUCUGGAUGAUAUCAAGGAGGUGCGACCAGCAGACAAUGCAGUGUUCAACACUACUUGCUCCUGUUGA